GAACUAGACAGAUUCAUGGAGGAGACAUCUAUUACUGAUGACCGAAUGGGCCGAAUUCAUCAUGGCUUUGUGGAACUUCCAUGGUCAGAGACAGUAUACCUUGUUAUCAGUUGGAGUGGGGGACAGCAAGAGAAGUCUAUUAACCUUCAUGCCCUUCUUGUUAUCAAGUGUAAGGCUGCAGUUGCUUGGGAGGCAGGGAAGCCGCUGUCCAUUGAGGAGGUAGAAGUUGCACCACCGAAAACUCAUGAAGUUCGUAUCAAGAUUGUUGCCACUGCAGUGUGUCACACCGAUGCCUAUACUCUAAGUGGAGCUGACCCUGAGGGCUCUUUCCCUGUGAUCCUGGGCCAUGAAGGAGCAGGAAUUGUGGAGAGUGUUGGCGAAGGAGUGACUAAAGUUAAACCAGGUGACACAGUUAUCCCUUUAUAUAUCCCACAAUGUGGAGAAUGCAAGUUUUGUUUAAACCCUAAAACUAAUCUCUGCCAGAAAAUAAGAAUCAGCCAAGGAAAGGGACUGAUGCCAGAUGGUACCAGUAGGUUCACAUGCAAAGGGAAGCAAAUCCUCCACUUCAUGGGAACAAGCACUUUCUCCGAGUACACUGUUGUUGCAGACAUUUCUGUGGCUAAAAUAGAUGCUUCAGCUCCCUUGGACAAAGUCUGCCUGCUGGGCUGUGGCAUUUCUACAGGCUACGGUGCAGCUCUCAACACUGCAAAGGUGGAACCUGGUUCUACCUGUGCUAUCUUUGGCUUGGGCGGAGUUGGACUAGCUGUAAUCAUGGGCUGUAAAGUGGCUGGUGCAGCCCGGAUCAUUGGGAUUGACCUCAACAAAGACAAAUUUGCAAAAGCAAAGGAAUUUGGGGCCACAGAGUGCAUCAGCCCAGAGGACUUCAAGAAGCCUAUUCAGGAUGUCCUGGUUGAGCUGACAGAUGGAGGAGUAGACUACUCAUUUGAGUGUAUCGGUAAUGUUGGUGUCAUGAGAGCAGCCUUGGAAGCAUGUCACAAAGGUUGGGGUGUCAGUGUGAUAGUUGGUGUCGCAGGUGCUGGUAAGGAGAUUUCCACCCGUCCAUUCCAGCUGGUCACCGGGCGGACAUGGAAAGGAACUGCCUUUGGAGGCUGGAAGAGUGUAGAGAGUGUGCCAAAGCUGGUGGCUGAAUACAUGUCCAAAAAAAUAAAAGUGGAUGAAUUUGUGACACAUACACUACCUUUUGACAAAAUUAACGAGGCCUUUGAACUCAUGCAUGCUGGAAAGAGUAUCCGAAGUGUUCUGAAGCUUUAAGAAGCCUGAAGAAGAAACUUCGCCAGUGUACACUGCAAGGUUACUCAACAUGCCUUUUGAAGAGAAGCUGAAUUGAGCGUUUAGUUAGAAUCAAGUUGGAAAGAAUCUGCUUUGAAAAUAGGAAUUUAGAACUCCCAGUAUGUCAUCAGGUACUUCUGUAAUCAAUUUCUGAUCUUACUAUACCACUAAGUGCCCAGAAUCUUAACAAUGGUCAAUAAAUUUGUUUCUAACAAUCAUAUAAUGAA